UUGAUAUCUUGGGGCGACUGACAACACUGCUCGUGGCAAGUUUACCAGCACUGCCAUAGAUCUAAAUAAGUUGUAAAUAAAUAUAAGAAUUAAGAAAUGCGGGCGGUUAUACAAAGGGUUAAGGCUGCCAAAGUGACGGUGCUGGAUGAGCUGGUGUCCUCCAUUGGACCAGGCCUGUGCGUGCUGGUGGGGAUCAAGGCCAGCGACACCGCCAAGGAUGUUGAGUAUCUGUAGUGUCCGGAAAAUCUUGGCUCUUCGUUUAUUCGAGGAGGAGGGCAAGCGUUGGCAGAAGUCCGUCAAGGAUCUAAACCUAGAACUGCUGUGCGUCUCGCAGUUUACACUGUAUCACCGCCUUAAGGGCAACAAACCGGAUUUUUCGGCUGCCAUGAAGGGCGAGGAUGCGCAGGAGUUGUACAAUCACUUUUUGGAUCGUCUAGGUCAAUCCUACGAUAGCAGCAAGAUUAAAGAUGGCAAAUUUGGAGCAUACAUGCAGGUGCAUAUAGAAAACGACGGACCCGUAACCAUCAAUUUGGAGUCCCCCGAACAAAAAGAUACCGACAGAGAAGUGGACAAAUGAUUUGAAAAUAUAUAACAGCCAAAGACAACAUUUAUGUA